GAAUCUUGCCCAAUUACGCGCGGUCGAGCCUCCGCGGUGCCACCAAUCAGCGGCCGCGAGAGGUAUCGGUGGCGCCACCAAUCAGCAACUGCGGGAGACAUGAUGGCCGCUGAGAUGGCGCUAGCUGAUUGGUCGACGCGCAGUAGCAUGGCAGCUUCCGUUCUGCAAAGUGUUUUCAAAGAGCAGGUGAGCGUUUCGUAGAGAGCGUCGCGACUCGUUGGACGUAUCGACGGUGAAAAAUCUUAUUCCAGUGUUGUGACCCGGUGUGUGGCUGUGCGUGUGAUAGUGUAUCGAACAUCACUGUUCGAUUUCAGCCGGAAAAAGAAGAAUCUCAUUUUUUUCCACUCGGUGUGAACUCGUGCAGGAACGAUCGAGGUAAACUUCCUGCUGGGAAUGUUGAUGGACUCGCUUCUCGUUCAAGCAUCCUGCCAAGAGGGUUCCGGAUAUCUAAAGCGUGCGAACACUGAACGGCUCCAUGAAAUAUUUAAUCAGUACGCCUCACAAAAGAAGAAUGGCGAGAGGUUUAUGACCCCGUCUGACUUCGUACGAAGUUACCUUGGACUCUUCACGAAUCCCGAUUACAAUUCUGAUUCCGUUAAUUUGCUCGCCGGUAUCGUUGAUACCAGUAAAGAUGGGCUCAUAUCAUUCCCUGAGUUCCAAGCAUUCGAAGGGCUGCUCUGCGUGCCAGAUGCUUUGUACAAGACAGCCUUUCAGUUGUUCGACACUAAUGGAAAUGGAAUGGUUGCGUUUGACGAGUUCGUUGAGGUGAUGCUGAAAACUGAGCUGCAUCAAAGGAUGCCCUUCGACAUGGAAAGCAGUUUGAUCAAACUUUAUUUUGGAAAGGAUAAGAAGAGGUUGAUCAACUAUGCCGAGUUCAGUCAAUUCUUGCAUGACUUCCACGAGGAGUACGCAACGGAGGCUUUCAAGAAAUUCGACAAAGACUGUCAGGGUUUCAUCUCGGCGCUGGAUUUCCAAGACAUCAUGAUCAGCAUCAAGAGCCACUUGCUAACCAAGGACGUGAGGGACAACUUGGUCGCUGCUGCUAGUACUGGACAGAGCGGGCGUAAAGUGAGCUUUCCAUACUUCAUGGCGUUCAAUUCCCUGUUGAAUAACAUGGAGCUCAUCAAACGUAUUUAUCUAAACGCUACUAACGGCCAUAGAUACGAGGAGGUUACCAAAGAAACGUUCCUUCAUUCCGCACAAAUGAUGUCGCAGAUCACGCCAUUAGAGGUGGACAUUCUUUUUCAACUGUGCGACCUGCUCCAUCAGACUGGGAAAAUUGUAUACAAUGAUCUCGUGGCUAUUACACCCGAGCAGUAUUUCAAGCAAAUAACAAAACGCCUUGCCGAGAUAAAGGCGGUGUCGAGCCCCGAAGAUCGUGGUAUCGUCAUCCAGAUACUCGAGAGUGGAUACCGAUUUGUCCUUGGAUCCAUCGGAGGAGCGGUUGGCGCCACAGCCGUCUACCCGAUUGAUCUGGUGAAGACGAGGAUGCAGAACCAAAGGACCGGGUCCCUUGUCGGCGAGCUGAUGUACAGAAACAGCUUUGAUUGCUGCAAAAAGGUUAUACGGCAUGAAGGUUUCUUCGGUCUUUACAGAGGUUUGAUACCUCAGCUGAUGGGGGUGGCACCUGAGAAGGCCAUCAAGUUGACUGUCAAUGAUUUUGUCAGAGAUAAGUUCAUGGAUAAGAACGGCAAUCUACCUCUUUAUGGGGAAAUUCUAUCUGGUGCUUGUGCAGGAGGCUCUCAGGUGAUAUUCACAAAUCCCUUGGAAAUAGUUAAAAUCCGGCUGCAGGUGGCUGGAGAGAUAGCAGGGGGGGCUAAAGUCAGAGCAUGGACUGUGGUUAAAGAAUUAGGUCUCUUUGGUUUGUAUAAAGGUGCAAGAGCUUGUUUCUUAAGAGACGUUCCAUUUAGUGCAAUUUAUUUCCCAAUGUAUGCCCACUUGAAGACACGAUUAGCAGACGAAGGGGGUUACAACACCCCUCUGUCUCUUCUUGCUUCUGGUGCUAUCGCUGGUGUACCUGCAGCAGCGCUGGUCACUCCUGCAGAUGUGAUAAAAACAAGGCUACAAGUGGUAGCCAGACAGGGUCAAACAACGUACAACGGUUUACUGGAUUGUGCGAAGAAGAUCUUCAAGGAAGAAGGUCCAAGGGCAUUCUGGAAAGGAGCCACAGCCCGAGUAUUUAGAUCGUCACCCCAGUUUGGCGUGACCCUCUUCACCUACGAGCUUUUGCAGAGGCUCUUCGUGGUCGACUUCGGAGGAUCUCGACCCUCCGGGUCCGAGCACAGGGUGCCGGCGACAGGAGUUGCGGAAGAGAUCCGUUCGACGAACCCAGACCACAUAGGCGGUUACCAAGUAGCGUUGCCCAUCUUCAACGGUAUCGAAACAAAGUUCGGUCUCUAUCUACCCAGGUUCCAAACCGGUACACAAGGAAAGUAACGCUCGUCGAGUUAGCUUCCGCUAGAAAAUUAAGCUUGUAGCGACAGACAACCCCAUCGACAGAACUGCGUAUCCAGUCGCUGAGAAUACUCAACCGACUGUCCAAGACCAACGAGGUACGAGCUCCACAGAACCUACCGACCUAGCCAAACCUGGUGAAAACUUAUUUAAAAUCGGGUCUUCGACCGUCGUCGUUGAAGGAACCCGACUCUCCCAGGCCCAAGUCCGGGGUAACCCUCUUAGGACACCUGACCUUCGAGGUCCUAUAGCGUCUCUGAACAUUCGACGAAUAAAUAACAGCAUCAUCUUCCUGGAAGCAACACAGAUCAGCAGGAGAAAGGAAACAUCUAAAGAAAAAACUGGGAAUUGGAAGGAAUCAGGUUCCUUGAAGAAGAUGAGGCUCAGAUUUUCUGAAGCGAGCAUAUGGGAUUGAGCAUCGCUAACGCGCACAACCUCUUCAGGCGACGAUCCUCCAUCGAGGCCACCGUGAUGGAACGACAGAAGAGGAACAGUAACACAGGGUUUAGACAAGUUACACCCGGUGCUGUCCAGGGGGAAUCUCUUCUGCAGCUAGAGGCACACAGUCUGCGAAUAAAAAUUGGAUGUAUAUUUAUAGUCCCCGUCAGGAGGGAAUUCGGGAGGCCUUCUACCGCCUGCUUCUAACUUCAUUAAUCAUGUACAUGGUGGACAGAAAUAUAUGAAUAGCGGAAAGAAGUGAG